AUUUGAACAAUCGAUUCAUACUUUGAUUACCAGUCUUUCCUUCAAGCAAACCCCGAACACAACACAUUCCUUCCAUUCAAGAUGCUGUUCAGCUUCAAGCCCACCAUUCUCCUGGCCCUGGCCCUCACUGCAAUAGCCACCCCCAUCGCCAACCCGACGGUCGAUGAGGGCAACAUCCUGGUUGCCCGCGCUCCUAGAAGAGACGUCGAUUGCAAUGGUAAAAAGUUCACCAAAGCAGACAUUCAUAAUGCCAUUGAACAAUCCAAGGUAGUUGAAGAUAAGAGGCAGACAAACGCCAAGGCCUACGGCAAAUACCCGGAGGUAUAUGGUAAUGGUGAGGGAUUGUUUGGCUCUUCACGCACCCUUUAUGAGUACCCGUUGGUCUCCGGAACCUAUAGCGGAAAGACGAAUGCCGGACCACCGGGCAAUUACCGCGUCAUUAUGGAUGAAAAUUACACGUAUCUUGGAUCGGUCUAUCAUAUCCCUGGGAACUCUUUCAAAAAGUGCACGAAUCUUGCGGACACUGCUACCACCACAGCUACCACCACCACCACUACUAAGGCUACCACCACUGCUACUACCAAGGCUAGUAGUGGCAACACAAGUCACAAGUCCGGCAGCAAGUCUGGCAUUAUUAAAUAG